CAGGGUGCACGGCCAGGGAGGCGAGGGUCGCCGAUUUUCGUUCGAACGUCGCGUGGGGAGGGGUGUUCGUGUGAAAAGAAAGGCGCUCGGGAGAAGAGGCGGCAAGGAGAGGCGGGGCGUGGUGGGAUGCUGCAGGGGCGGCUAGACGGGUCCAGCUUUUCCCGGGACACUUCUGCGGCGGCCUGGCCGUGGGCGCCCGGGGCACAGGGCGCCGGGUCGGGAAGCCCAGAGUCAGACCCGCGGUGCCAGCCGCCCGGGCCCCUCCGCGCAGGCGCCGCCCACUCCCGCGCUCCGCCCGCCCCCAGGGGUCGCCAUGGCAACGGACGCGGGCUUCUGGACUCCGACUCCCCCGAGCCCCCAGCUUCGCGGGAGGCGGCCGGCUGAGCCGCGGGCUCCGAUGGCGGGCAAGGGCCACACGCCCGAGACCGAGGAGUGCUGGAAGAUCCUCGAGAGCCUCGAGUCGACUAUUGAGCAAUGCCGGUUCAGCCCCAGACUUAAAAUUUCCGAUGAUUUGAAGAUUGGCUUUUUCAGCACAGACCAUGCUACUCAAACAGAUUCCAAUGAAAUUUUGCCAUUGAAAGAGUUGAGUUCAUCUACAGAGAAGCUAGUACAGGUCAUUAGAUCUCUUCAGGUGGAUUUUGGGUUCCUCAGAGAACUGCUUCAGCUGAAGUUUGAGGACCGUCUUGAAGAGGAGUCUUUCAACCUGUUCACUGCUCUACAUGACAGGAUCCUAACGAUCGAAAAACACUAUCAAGAGAAUGAGGACAUCAUAAGAAAAUGCUACAAUCAGCAGUUGGCGGAUGCCAUAGCUGUUAUCAAAGGAACGUACAAGCAAUUCUUUGAGGUGGAGGAAGAGACUUUUGUGCAAGAAUCAGCUACUAUCAAAAUGAGUAAUUUGUUAAAAAGACUGAAGGAGAGAGAAGAAAUGAUUAAGGAGUUAAGAGAAGAGCUAUGUCAGUAUGAAGAGUCUAGAUUACAAAAACUUGACGCUUUUGCCAGAGAGACAGCUCUAGAAAGAGAGGAUUUGGAGUACAAACUGGAAAACGAGAGGCUGCUUCAAAUCGUUUCAGAGCUCGAAGAAGCAAUCCGACUCAAUCUAAGGGAAAAUGCAGUAUUAGAAGAUGAAAUUAUAACUCUGAAAGAGAUGGCAGCAAAAGAUCAUAGAACUAUUCAAAAGCUGAUUGAUGGUAGAGACAGAUUACUAUGUGAGCUUGAUUAUGAAAAAUCAGUAGUUCAAGAAAUGAUUAAUAAACAGAAGGAGGACAUGGAAACAAGGAAGAGGAUUGAGAGCCUAAGCGUCAAGAGCUGGAGAGCACUCAAGGAGAAAGAAACCUCUUUGUCUCUGUGGUCCUCACAACCCAGGAUUCCAUCCAGGCCUGGAACCAUUUCAAGGGCACGCUCGCCCUCCUCCAGUUUAGCGCCUGUUAAGACCAAGAAAGUUAAGACUCCGAAGAAAUCUGCCAAGGAAGAACAGCCUGUGGUAAGAUCUCCGAAACCAGUCGGAAUGCACGAAGAAAAGAAGGGGAGAUUACCAGUGGCUAAGAUGGAAGACAAACAUGAUUUGGAAGAGCAAAUACGAGUGCUAAGGGCAAAUUUAGAAAAUGAGAAAAGGAAGACAGAAAGAUUUAAGAAAGAAUCUGAAUGGAUAAACAAAAACUGGGAAAAGAAAUUCUAUAUUCUCAGAAACAGCUUUCAUGUCCUUAAAAAUGAGAUGUUUACUAGGCACACGUUGUUUCGUCAGUUUGCAGUACUUGCUGAUUCAUCCUUCAAUUAUAUUAAAUUAAAACCUUUAUUUGUGGAGUCUAAAAUGAACCUGAUAACAGACCGUACUUCCUCUUCAAGCGAUCAUACACCUGUGCUAGACAACAAGGACACGGAUGUAGUCAGUGAUCAGACAUAUUUUCCCCCGUCACCAAAAGGGAGGGUGUCUGGAACCCUGGAAGAAGAGUCUUUGGAGAAGCCAUUGAUACUCCAGAACAGCCCAGUGAACGAUGUGGACGCUACUGAGUGAGGGGCAGGGCCCUGGGCUGCGCAGAGGGGGACCACAGAGAGGACCCUCUCCAUCCUGGCGUAAGGCCUGCCUCCCUGGCCAAGGGAUACUCCCUCCAAGGCGUUUCUAACAAAGCUGUUCAGUCUCCCCGAUGAUGUAGACUAACUCGAGGCCCACCCUUGACACGAAGAGAACGCGACGUCACCCCCCCCCCCCCCCCGCUGUGCGCACCUUUCCAAACCCUCAAAGGCAGGUGCUCGCUCAUGCUGGGUGAGAGGGACGCACGGACUUCGAGGGGCUGCCAAAGCCACUGGGGGCGCUUCCUGGGCUCAGCAAGAUGCCCCAAAACCUUAGGGUGGGGAGGAACGGACUUCAAUUAAAAAAAGUUUGAGGCACUAAGCUUUCACUCCCUCGCUUAUCCAUCCGGUCUCUCUGUAACACCACGUCAAACUGAUUUGCUGCCUCCUCGCUUGCCGAUGAAUCCCCAUGAAGGCGAACCUUAACGCCUGGUCCAAGGGGAUUUUAAAUUUCCUCUAGGGAGAUCCAUUCUUCUCUUACAUGGGCACUGGGCUGCCUGCCCUAUCUUAAAAGCCAUAAACAAUUCUUUCGUAAGUGGGAAACUCAUUGGAGUUUUGCCUCCUGGUAAGUAUCAAGGCCAAGAUUCACGUGUCUCUUUGCAGCAUGCCAGGUAUCAUUUACAGAAAGUCCGGUUUGCUUUCUUCGGUGCGUAAUGUUCAGCUUGGUCCUUUCCAUUCCCCUAACUGCAAGCCGGGCCCUGUCUGUAGCCCAGUUUCAGAAAUGCAGACUCCGAAUUACACGUUUCUAAAGCUAUGUAUUAAGUCUCAAGAAAUAUAUUUGUAGUAGCUGUCACAUAAAGCUGAUCUACUCUGCUGUAAAGGAAGCUGGAGAGGCGAUUUAUUUGUGCGUAAAAGGCACAAGAUUUAAUUGGAGAGAGACGUGUUAUUUUCAACGCAAGAACAUGGGGUGGCAUAGCGCCGGGGAGCAUUAUUCGAGCUUCAUCUACUAUGCACUAUAUGCCACCGUCUCCAAAGGAGUGUUGCCCUAGAAACUUGUUUUAAAUCUGCUGCUAUAUAUCAACACCUUGUUUUAGCAGUCCUUGGCUGAAUUACAGUUACACAGUUUGGCGCUUCUUUCAAAUUUCCUCCCAUCAGUUUGGCUAAAGAAAGGAAUUUUUCUCCUUUAGAAAUGAAUUGGCUUAAUUAGUAAGUAGAUUAAUGGCAAUUGCUGGUGAGUUGGUUUCCAGCAGAGUUUCACCAGAGAGGGUUAAUCGGAGUCAGGUCUGGAAUCUUUCCCAGAACUGGCUGCCAGCCAUUUCCACCAACCAAUCAACCCUACAAGAAACGGAGGAAAUGAAAUAGAAUUUAUAUUCCCUGUACUACUAUCCUGGGCAGAAAUUCCUUGGAAGCAGCCUCCUAGGCUGGGUUGGGUUCAGUACAGGCGGUUUCAUUUCAGAAUUUUAACAGAAACCUUGAAAGGGUUUCACCUUCAAGAUUUAUCUGAGGACCAAAGCAGAAUUUCAAAUGGCACAGGGAGGCUCUCCACAGAACACUGAGGGCGCAUUGGAAACGCAGGAGGCUCUUAGUCAAUUUCAGGUUUACCUAAAUUGCAAAAACCUCCCAAGUUCUGUCCUAAUCUGUUAUCUACCAGAAGCCUUUAAAAAGUUGUGUGUUUUGCAGUCUUUUCCCUUAUUUGUUCCAUAGUGAUAAAAAUGCAUUCAUAGUUUAACUCGCAGCUGCAUUAGUCUUGCAAAAAAAAAAAAAAACCAUCCCUGCUGAGAAAUGCAUAUAAUAGGAAAAACAGAUCGGCUGGACAGCAGUGUAAUUAAUGCCAGAAAGGGCUGAGGCCGGUUUCAUAGUUUGUCUUUUGAGGAUAUCAAGACGAGACCUGGUGAAAAAUGACGCAUGCUUUAGCAUUUCAGAAAGCUGGCAACUGGCAACGCUGUUCCUUUUUUCUUUGACUUUCUGCCUCAGAACAAAGAGGUCGGCAGAACUAGCUAGGUUGUAAUGAGUUCUAUGUCCCUAGCACAUUAAGUGCAUCAUGGAAACAUAUUGUAUCGAAAUAGUUUGGAGGAGAAUACCGGGGAUGAAAGAGAAUGGGUGCUUUGAUCAGCUCCCUGGGGUCCUGAGUGCCACAGACUGACUUGCAAGGAGUUAUUCAGCCCCAGCUAGACACACUUACAACACCAUUCAAAGAAAUUUGCAUAUCUGUAAUUUAUCACAUUGGUCCAGAACAUUUUUGCAAGGUAAAUAAAAGUUGGCUGAAUAAAAAAAAAAUCAAUCAUCGCAGAUAUAGAAGAAACUGUGAAGCCUGUGUUUCCAUUAAAAACAUAAAUAAAUAUGUCCA